ACUUCGUACUUUCUUUGGGAGCUGCCAACGGAGCUCCAUCCAACUUCUUGCGCUUUGCAGCCUGCAUCUACCCAACAGCUUUAUUGCCUGCGCACACGCUCCCGCCGCUUCAAGCAGCCCCCCAGCAGUCAUGAUCGCCACCACGAUCCGGACCCCUCCCUCUGUCGAGGACUACGUCCCGCUCGCCGAGUACGAGUCGCAGACCCCCGAGUCCUUUGCCGACGGCAAGGCGGUCCUGCACCUCCAGCUCGCCGCCGCGACGAUCCAGGCCCCCAAGGCGCAAUGCGGCAGCCUCGCUAUCUUCCCGGCGGACCUACCUCCCGCUGAGAGCACCCAGACGAACGGCGACAGCGCGAACGAGGCAAUUGUGGAGCAAACGGUGGACGUCUAUGUCACCUCGGAGAACUUUAUCGUCUUCAACCAGCAGGCCGGCGCCGGCGUCUCGAUUCCCUACCCAUCCAUCUCCAUCCACGCUCUGAAGCAAAUCGGCCCGGAGUCAGAGGAGAAGCGCCCGCAGGCCGUUUGGAUGCAGGUUGAGAUCUCAGACGGCGGCUCCGGCGACGAUGACUUUAACAUGACCGAGCUCACCAUCAUCCCAGCCACCCGUGAUGGGGACGCAGUCGACGAGCCCAGCGCCGCCAAGAAGCUCUACGAGGCCAUGUCCAACUGCUCCGACCUGCACCCAGACCCCGAUGACGAGGGCGACGAGGACGAGGCCGACAGGAUCGUAUUCGACACCAGCGUCGAUCCCGAGGCCCUCGAGGGCUUCACGGGCGUCCUGCGCGGCACGGCCGACGGCACUCUGCCGCCGCCCAUGCCGGGCAGCGGCGGCUGGAUCACCGCCGAGAACAUGCAUGAGUACUUUGAUGAGGAUGGCAACUGGCUCGGCCGGGAUGGCGAGGGCGACGACACCGCACCGGUAGAUGGCGAGCUCGGCGAGGGCGCGGGACGAACGCGCGGUCGCGACGAGGUCGAGGGCCUUGGCGACGGGGUCAAUGGCCACGCAAACGAAGAGGACCCGGAGAUUAAGCGCCCCCGUGUCGAGUGAGCAGUUUGCGCGCGCCAUUAGUUGGAACGUUCGGACAGAUGGGAAUUGGGUCGGAGCAUGGCGUUCUGGACGGGAAAACAAAGCAGGAUGUGAGAUUACAAUCAGAAUUCGGGACGGGUAAACCGAGAGGUAGAGACAGACACGCGGGUCGCCCCGCGCAGCAAACACAAUGGGAAGCUCGAUUCAAAGUCAGGUCCGCCUCGGCAGAUUACAUUACAUCAAAAGCUACAAGCUCAAAAGUUGAAAAGGUGCGGCAGCAGCAUCUCGAUUACAUCCUCAUCCAUCGACGCUGCACUUUGCCCUCGGGCGACGAGAGCAGGAAGCCCUCCUUGUCCUGGACGCUCGAGCUCUUGCUGCUGUCGCUGCUGUACCGCCGCUCGACACGGCGCAUCUCCUCGGCGGCGAGGUACUUGGCCGGCGUGAGCUUGACCUUGCUCGGAGCCCAUGUCGACGACGUGGUGGUUGUGGUCGCGUUGGAAGGGGCCGCUGAGGACGCAGUGGACGGCUCGCGGCUCAGGUUGGACCCUCG